UUAGCAGUUAACCCCAUUUUAACUCGUUUCUCUCGUCUCGUAGAAAUAUAGAGUCACUUAUUAACGCCCUUUUCUUAUUACUCCUAUUAUUAUCAAUUUUUUACUUACCUAUCUUCCCCUGUUUCCUUUUGCUUUAUAUAUUUCUCCAUUACAUUCUUCUCUACCAACUAUAAUAACCAGUAACCAAUAAAACCAUACAUUGUCUCUUCCUCCUCUCUAUCUCUCUCUAAACUCCAUUCUCUCUCUACUGUACAAAUAAACACAACUUAUAAUUUCAUCUUCAUUCAACAAUGGCGGUACGCCAUACCCAUGAGUCUGAAACUUGUCAAAACGACACCACUUCAACAUCUUCAUCUGGGUUAACUCACUCUUCCCUCCGAGUCAAUAAUAAUAAAAGAAAAAGAGAAAAUAGCAAACACCCAGUUUACAGAGGAGUAAGAAUGAGAGCUUGGGGUAAAUGGGUAUCUGAAAUUCGUGAACCCAGAAAAAAAUCUCGUAUAUGGCUUGGAACUUUUAACACUCCUGAAAUGGCGGCACGAGCACAUGAUGUUGCUGCUCUUUGUAUUAAAGGUAACUCAGCGAUUCUUAAUUUUCCUGAACUCACUGAGUCUCUACCUCGACCCGCUUCGAGUUCGCCUCGUGAUGUUCAAGCUGCUGCUGCUUUAGCUGCUUCUAUGGCUAUGGACUCUCACUCAGCUGAAGUUUCUUCUUCUUCUUCUGAGGUCAAUGGACCUGAAGAAGAACUGAGUCAAAUCGUUGAGUUACCGAGUUUAGAGGAUGAAGGUGGUGACUCGGCUGAAUCUAAGCCUGAGUUAGUUAUGGUUGACUCGGUUGAGAAGUGGCUUAGCUCACCGGAUUGGACGGAGGAGAUGGGUUUAAAUGGAUACUUGUAUGAAUCAACGACUGACAUUUCAUUGGCUGAUUGUGGGUUAGGUUAUAUUUAUUUGGAUUAAUGAACAUAUUUUUUUUAAAAAAAAAACAACUUUUUUUUCAGAAAAUUUUUUCCUGUUUUUAGAGAGUUGAAAUUGUUCUGUUUAUACCAAAACCUUUUAGUGAGUUUUUUUUAAAAAAAUUAAAUUUUCUAAAUUUUCUUUACUUUGUAUAAAAUAUAAAUAUAGUUCUACUACUAGUAUUAGAAUUUUAUAAUUUUUGUGUGAUUUUUUUGUAUAAAAUGUGUGUGAAUGUAAAAUGUAGGCAGAGUUUUAAUUAUUACUCUGAAUCCCUCUAUUCACCCCAAAAUGUGUGUAUAGAGUAUAUAAGGUAUUACAAAUUGCUUGGCACA